GUCGUUGAACAAAGGGUGGAUUGAAUUGGGUAGGCAAGUUCACGGGCAAAUCACGAAAUGUGGUUUUAUGUCUUAUGUGUUCGUGGGGAGUCCUUUAGUAGAUAUGUAUGCAAAGUCAGGGUUGAUAUGUCAUGCAAAACAGGUUUUUGAUGAGUUACCUGAAAGGAAUCUGGUCAUACAUAACACGAUGAUUAUGGGUUUUUUGAGGUGUGGGAUGGUGGAAGAGGCAGGGCAUUUGUUUAGUCAUAUGACUGAAAAAGAUUCGAUUUCAUGGACCACAAUGAUUACAGGGCUAACACAAAAUUGUCUUGAGAUAGAUGCAAUUGAUUUUUUCCAAAAUAUGAUGUUGGAAGGAUUGGCUGUUGAUCAGUUUACUUUGGGGAGCAUUCUCACUGCUUGUGGAGGUCUUAUAGCACUAAAAGAAGGUAAACAGAUUCACGCUUUUGCAGUUAAAACCAAUCAUGUUGAUAAUGUUUUUGUCGGCAGUGCUCUUGUUGACAUGUACUCAAAGUGUAGAAGCAUUACUUCUGCAGAGACAGUUUUUAAGAGCAUGCCAUACAAAAAUAUUGUCUCUUGGACUGCAAUGGUUGUGGGGUUUGGCCAGAAUGGGUACAGUGAGGAAGCCAUUCAGAUCUUUUGUGAGAUGCAGAGAAUUGGGAUAGAGCCAGAUGAAUAUACAUUAGGAAGCGUAAUUAGCUCCUGUGGGAACCUAGCUAGCUUGGAAGAGGGAGGCCAGUUUCAUGCUCAAGCACAAGUUUCAGGUUUAAUUUCCUUUACCACUGUUGCUAAUGCACUUGUAACACUCUAUGGUAAGUGCGGAAGUAUAGGAGAUUCUCAUCAGAUGUUUAAUGAAAUGAAGAUUAAGGAUGAAGUUUCUUGGACUGCACUAGUAUCAGGUUAUGCCCAAUUUGGAAAAGCCAAUGAAACAGUGGAUAUAUUUGAGAAAAUGUUGGCCAGCGGACUACAACCAGACAGUGUUACUUUCAUUGGCAUUCUUUCAGCCUGCAGCAGAGCAGGAUUGGUAAAAGAAGGGCAUCACUAUUUUCAAUUAAUGGUUGAGGAAUAUGGAAUAAAGCCAAUGGUUGAUCACUAUACUUGCAUGAUAGAUCUACUUAGCCGUGCUGGGAAGUUAGAAGAAGCUAAAGAUUUUAUACAGAAGAUGCCUUGCAAACCUGAUGCAAUUGGCUGGGCUACAUUGCUGAGCUCUUGCAGAUCUCGUGGUAACAUAGAAAUUGGGAAAUGGGCUGCAAAAUAUCUUCAGGAACUAGACCCGGAAAACCCUGCUAGCUAUGUUUUGCUCUCAAGUAUGUAUGCGUCUAGAGGACUAUGGGGUGAGGUUGCUCAAUUAAGAAGAAGAAUGCGAGAUAAGGGUGUCAAAAAGGAGCCAGGGUUUAGUUGGAUUAAAUACAAGAACAAGGUGCAUAUUUUCUCUGCCGAUGACAAGUCCAGUCCAUUUUCAGAUCAAAUAUACAAUGAACUGGAAAAGUUGAAUCUCAAAAUGAUAGAUGAGGGAUAUAUUCCAGACGUGAGUUCAGUACUUCAUGAUAUUGAGGAGUCAGAAAAAAUAAAAAGUCUGAACCACCAUAGUGAGAGGCUUGCUAUUGCUUUUGGUUUGCUUUUUGUCCCUCCUGCCUUACCCAUUAGAGUGGUGAAAAACCUCCGAGUAUGUGGUGACUGCCACAAUGCAACUAAAAUUAUUUCCAAGAUAACCCAGAGGGAAAUCCUUGUUAGAGAUGCUGUACGCUACCAUUUGUUUAAGGAUGGGAAAUGUUCUUGUGGGGAUUUCUGGUGAUGGAUUUUGUAAUGCUUGAAACUCUUGCUGAUGGUACUGCAACUUGGGAAGGGUCAUAAAAGUAAGGCAUGGUAUGGAAUGAAUAUGAAAAAGUUGCUCCUAUGCCAAUCGAGCUGGUUUUUAAUCUUGUGAAAAGAGUGCAUUCUGUGAAGAAACCAUUCCAUCAUAUAUUACAUAAAAGACAGACAAUAAUUUGGUUUGUGAGGGUGCUUAGCUAAGAUGUUUCUCCAUCUUUUGAAUGAGGGGUGGCUUGGGAAAUCUUCCUAUCAGAAUCUUUUUCCACGAGGUACAAAAAGCUUUUAGACCUUGAAGCAAUUUGAAUUGAGAAAUGCAUAACCUGGGCAGAUAUACACAAAAUAUGAUGAUGAUGAUCGAACACAAAUUGCAUUAAGGCUUACCCUGGGCGCCGGAGGCAGAGGAGAAUUGCUGGUUUAUCACGCCAGAGUUCUGAAGCCUUCAUGGGAGGUGUCUUGCUUUUCACCAGACGCUCCAUUCCAACCUUAUAUUCUGGGGUAAGUUUCUGAACUGAAACAUUCUCAAUUGCUGAUAGUGGAGCAACAUUGUCAACAACAGGUGGAGGCUGUACACAUCCACAUGCUCUUGGUUCAGCAGGCAGUGAAGCUACAAUACCUUUAAAAACAUGUCCAUCUUUGAUCUUAAAAUCUGCCAUGGACUGCUCAAUAGAAAUAUCAUAAGCUACACUGGGUUUUACACUUGAUCUUGUCAUGCUUGGACCUCCUCUUGAGUUGAUGGACGAAGGCCGUGUCUUGUAAAUACUGUUAUUUCUGAGAGGCUCAGAGGUAAGUUUCCUUGGUGUGAGAUACGCUGAUGCUGACAAAGGAUCUACGGCACGUGGAGUCAUUCUGUCCAUAAAACGAACAACGUGACCUCUUUUCAUUCCAAAAUGAGUUGAAAGAUCUCCCAUGCUCAAGUUUAGAAGCUCAGGAAGGCAUUUCCUAGAGGCCUCCAUGUGAUCAGCAUAUUGCAUUAGUGCACGAUCAUGCAGGUACGAUCUGAUUUCAAGUGCAUCCUUCAGUAGGACAAGAUAAUGAUCUUUAGAUAUGAGGAAAAAAAUUAUUAUUUCUUUAACAAAAACAGAAGAGUAGAUUAAUUUGGAAAAAAGAAAAGAAAUUAUAACAGAACGUCUAGUGGUGAGUUUUCUGACAAAACUGGGUGUUAGUAGAUGACAGCAUGGAAAAAUGUCUGACAUUACUGUUUUGGCAAAUCUGGAAAUCAAAGAGACAUCAAGUACAAUUCCCUUGUUUGCAAAAACAUUAUUGGAAACUCUUUUCGAAGAUGGUGCAGUUAAGGACUUGAUAAGUCAUUCUUAAGGAAAACUUCUACUGAACAGUCUGAACUAGAUUAUGAAACAGAGAUGAUUUGAUAGUAUGCCAACCUUCUGCUCUUGAGUCAUGUUUAAGGAAUUCAUAUCUUCUGCAUUCAUGAGCUUCAAAGUCGGUACAUCAUCCCAACCAUCCUCCAUCAGCUUUGAGGUAAUUGCCUUUAGGGCUCCAUUUCCAACAAAGUCCUCCAUUGAGAAAGAGCCCAUCUUCUUGGCCCUCGUGAAGCAGACUCUUAUGCAGCAAUUAUGCACGCAAUGUUUGAGAGCAAAGGAAAAGAUGGAGAUAAGGAGAGAAUAGUUGAGAGGAGUUUGAUUUUUUCCUGCAAACUUGAAUGUCCUCAACUUACAUGGUAGACAAAAGAGACCUUGGCUGCCUAAAUUGCUGAAGCUUGACAGUGACACGAAUUUUUUUUUUGUUUUUUUUUGUUUGACAAAGUCUACUCUAGAAACAUUUUCAUCAGAAGAUCCCAAAUUUCGUUCACUUUUCUUGUUUAAUUCGUUGCAUGAUGUUGAUGAAAAAGUUUUGGGCUGUCUGCCUGCAUAUUUUCAACCGGAAGAUUAAGUUCCAGACAGCACACAUAUUAUUGUAUUCACUAGUCAACAAUAUGUUCCUUUUUCCAAGCUAAUGAUAGAUUGUCGACUGAGUUAAAACUA